AUGACACGAUUCCUCGCCCUCCACCGCCGGCUCUCGGAUUCGGACUUCAGCUCCCCCCUGCCGCCGCCGAAUAAUGGGACCGGGGGCGACCCGUACAUCAGCCAGACGAAUUUCGACGCCAACAUGGUGAUAAUUCUGGCGGCGCUGCUCUGCGCGCUCAUCGGGGCUCUGGGUUUGAACUCGAUCGUCCGCUGCGCGUUUCGAUGCAUCCGGAGCCUGGUGCAGGAGUCGCCGGGGCUGGCGGCGACGGGUCUCAAGAAGCGGGAUCUGAGGCAGAUCCCGGUCGCCGUUUACGGCUCGGAUGACGCGGCAAUUGCGGUCACGGAGUGCUCGAUCUGUUUGGGAGAAUUCAUGGAUGGGGAGAAAGUUCGGGUUCUGCCCAAGUGCAAUCACGGGUUCCAUGUGUCGUGCAUCGACAAAUGGCUGCUCUCCCGCUCCUCCUGCCCCAACUGUCGGCAUUCUCUCAGGGAGCCGCCGAAAGCGGGUUCGGAUCCUAGGCCCGCGGAAAGUGACCCGCAAGGUAACGUUGCUGUAGUUGUCGAGGAAGGGGACAGAAGAUGA